AAGCGAAGCGCAUGCGCACCCCAUCCACUUUCUCUCAACCGUCUGCUGGAGCCGCGGCCGGUCGCGAUCGCCAUGUUGAUGCUGGGCAGGGGGCUGGACGCCAGGGAUAACCAGACCAGGCAAAUACGGGAAGCUGUUUCAAAUGUGGAAAAACAUUUUGGUGAAUUGUGCCAAAUAUUUGCAGCAUAUGUACGAAAAACUGCCAGGCUACGAGACAAAGCAGACCUUUUAGUAAAUGAGAUACAUGCUUAUGCAGCUACAGAAACACCAAAUUUAAAGCUUGGAUUGAAAAAUUUUGCAGAUGAGUUUUCCAAGCUUCAGGAUUAUCGCCAGGCAGAGGUAGAAAGACUUGAAGCUAAAGUUGUUGAACCUCUGAAAUGUUAUGGGACCAUCAUAAAACUUAAGAGAGAGGAUCUCAAAGCAACUUUAACAGCAAAGAACAGAGAAGCAAAACAGUUAUCUCAACUGGAGAGGACCCGUCAACGAAAUCCAUCUGAUCGACACAUUAUUUCACAGGCUGAAAGUGAAUUACAGCGAGCGUCUCUGGAUGCAACUAGAACAAGUCGGCAGUUGGAGGAAACAAUUGACAAUUUUGAAAAACAAAAAAUAAAAGAUAUUAAGAACAUACUUUCAGAAUUCAUUACAAUUGAAAUGUUAUUUCAUGGAAAAGCCUUAGAAAUUUAUACUGCUGCAUUCCAAAAUAUACAAAAUAUUGAUGAGAAUGAAGAUUUGGAGGUGUUUCGGAGUUCACUUUAUCCACCAGAACAUCAAACCCGAUUGGAUAUUGUUCGUGCAAAUUCUAAAUCUCCCCUUGAAAGAACUGGUUCUUCCAGAACUUGUACUGGAAUAGUUCAGCAGAUUGCUAGGAAUCGCCUUAAGGAAGAGGAGGAAGAAGAGGAGGAAGAUGAAGAAUUAGAAACCACCAAGGAGGAAAGAUAGCUUUUGCUACAACAAAACAUUCCUCAGAUUAAAAAUACUUAUUGUAUUUACAUUUCAUGUUAAGACACCGUAAGGUCAGCCAUUAAAAUUACCACAAAAAUGCAUUAAGGGGCUUUUUGACCUCCUUAUGAUCU